AUGGCAACUUCGGAGACAAUUCUACAAGUUCUGUCUGGGACUGGUCCUCGCAGUUUCAGUUCUGACCCUUGUUUUAGCAGUUUAGAUUUGAGAUUCUCUUGUAAAUUCCACAUAAAAUGUGUAAAGAAAAAGGCUUCAAGGCAUAGGAAAAUGUUCAAGUGUUCAAAUGUUCUGCAGAACAGUAUAGGAAACCAUUGGUUUAAGGGAUUAGGUGAUAGUGAUCUGUCUUGGAAUGCAACGAUCAAUAGAUUGCAGCUUCUGAGGUGCAAAUGCCAGCAGGCAGAAAGAGUUAGUGAUGUAACUGCAGGAGGAGGAAAUGGAACAUGGCUUGUAGAUAGUGCAAAGACAUUAAACCUGAAUGGGGUGGCGAACACGCCGAGUGUUUUGGAGUUUGGGGACGCUCAGGAGUUGGCACAGGAAAAGGAGGGUUUGACAUCUAAUGGUGCACUGAACCAGGAAAAGGAGAGUUUCGCAACUAAUGGUGCAAUAGGAAGAGGUAGAGAUGACUCUCGCAAGGUUAGCAUAGAUCCUAUUGAGGAAGAAGCAUGGGACCUACUGCGGGAUUCUAUUGUUUAUUACUGUGGCAGUCCUAUUGGAACAAUUGCUGCCAAUGAUCCCACCAGUUCCAGCGUGUUGAAUUAUGACCAGGUCUUCAUUAGAGACUUCAUACCUUCUGGCAUUGCUUUUCUUUUGAAGGGUGAAUAUGAUAUUGUCCGGAACUUCCUCCUUCAUACUCUUCAGUUGCAGAGUUGGGAGAAAACAAUGGACUGUCACAGUCCUGGACAGGGAUUGAUGCCUGCUAGUUUCAAAGUGCGCACGGUUCCUUUGGAUGGCGAUGAUGAUUCUGCAACAGAGGAGAUAUUGGAUCCUGAUUUUGGAGAGGCAGCAAUUGGUCGUGUUGCACCAGUUGACUCUGGAUUAUGGUGGAUUAUCUUAUUACGUGCAUACGGGAAAUGCUCUGGUGAUCUCUCAGUUCAGGAGAGGAUUGAUGUGCAGACUGGAAUUAAGAUGAUUCUGAGGCUAUGUCUUGCUGAUGGUUUUGACAUGUUCCCAACAUUGUUGGUGACAGAUGGUUCUUGCAUGAUAGAUCGUCGUAUGGGAAUUCAUGGGCACCCUCUGGAAAUCCAGGCACUCUUUUACUCCGCCUUACUUGGGGCAAGGGAGAUGCUUGCUCCAGAAGAUGGAUCAGCUGAUCUCAUCCGAGCUUUGAACAAUCGUCUAGUUGCUCUUUCAUUCCAUAUCAGAGAGUAUUAUUGGAUUGAUUUAAGAAAACUAAAUGAGAUUUACCGUUACAAGACUGAAGAGUACUCUUAUGAUGCAGUUAAUAAGUUCAAUAUUUACCCAGAUCAGAUUUCUCCUUGGUUAGUGGAAUGGAUGCCCAACCAAGGCGGCUAUCUUAUUGGAAAUUUGCAACCUGCUCAUAUGGAUUUCCGAUUCUUUUCUCUUGGAAACAUAUGGUCUGUUGUAAGUGGUCUCACGACAAGAGAUCAAUCAAAUGCGAUAUUGGAUCUCAUUGAAGCCAAGUGGUCAGAUUUGGUAGCAGACAUGCCAUUGAAGAUCUGUUAUCCUGCUCUUGAAGGUCAGGAGUGGCAGAUUAUCACUGGAAGUGAUCCUAAGAACACGUAA